CCUUUUACCAUUAUAUCAUCAUACCCUAGGCUCCCUAAUACUCCUCCCCGAAUCUACUUCUCUCUCUCUCUCUAGGAUCUCUAUCGCCGGUGGCUUGAGAUGGCAAAGGAUCAAGCAAGCCUUCUUCUUCAGAAACAGCUCAAAGAUCUGUGCAAGAACCCGGUUGAUGGUUUCUCUGCUGGUCUCGUUGAUGAAAAUAACGUUUUCCAGUGGAGCGUUUCGAUUAUGGGUCCUCCUGAUACCUUGUAUGAAGGGGGCUUCUUUAAUGCAAUUAUGACGUUUCCACCGGAUUAUCCUAAUAAUCCACCAACUGUCAAGUUCACCUCCGAGGUGUGGCAUCCUAAUGUUUAUUCCGAUGGAAAAGUUUGCAUAUCGAUUCUUCAUCCUCCUGGUAACGAUCCUAAUGGAUACGAGCUUGCCUCUGAACGUUGGAACCCUGUUCACACGGUAGAGAGCAUUGUGUUGAGUAUCAUAUCGAUGCUCUCGGGUCCCAACGACGAGUCACCGGCGAACGUGGAAGCAGCAAAGGAAUGGAGAGACAACAGAGCAGAGUUUAGGAAGAAAGUGAGUCGCUGUGUGAGAAGAUCGCAAGAGAUGCUGUGAUUCAUCUCUCCUGCGUUUUUAUGUAUCUUAGAAAUUAAUUUCUAUCCUAAGCUAAGAGAGAGAGAGAGAAGGUAAGAAGAAGCAGCAGAUGAAUCUGUGUGCUCAUCAAAAGCUUUUCUUUUGGUUUUGGAUUUGUCUUUAAGGGUUUGGAAUAUUGUGGUGGAAUCAAAUCUAAACCACCUUUUAGGAUUAUAUUUUCACACUCGUUAAUGGAUUCCUUUUCAUA